AUGGCGCCUUCCGCUGGCUUAUGGGCCCCCUUAGCUAUGAGGGUCAUGAAGCAUGCCUUGAAAAAGACCUCGAAUCUUAUUAAAGUUCGCGUUGCGGAGUUUGCACGUCUCAAUGGCAAGCUUCAACCUGUACUCGUUCGAUCGUCCCCACGGCACCCAAUCCACCCGGCUGCCCUCCUUCGCCAGAGCAAGGGGCGAUGGUACACAACUCAUUCUACAAUCAACGCAGCCGUGCGUAGGUUCAUGAGUACUAGCCGGGACGCUGUCAAAUACAGCCGAGCAUCGUUUCCAAAGUCAGCUACAGCUACUGCCGUCUCUCGAUUGACAACCAGAGCUCCCUUUGCUUCGACUCUCAGACCGAACCUUACCGGUGGCACCUUUCCAAGAACAUCCGGAGGAUAUAGCUUAGGCGGAGGACGGACUGGGGGAGCACGUUACUUCUCCCAUACUCCAGCCGCACCUGCACAGGUUGUUAACAAUGUUUCGGCGGCCGUUCGAGCAUUUUGGCUUUCCGGCCAAAAGGCCCAAUUCGAUGGGAUGACUGCUGCAGGAGGAAAGAGGUAUCGUAACAUCACAAAUCUACAGGAAGAGACCAGCCGGAAGAUGCGUUCUGCUCCAAGAUCAGCCCCUGGCUCUUUCAUUGACUUCCCAGUCAACCCUACAGUUACAGCACUUACUCCUCUGGGAGCACAAUUCCCUUUCGGUUCUGCUAUGGAGGUUUCCGCACCAAAUUUGAACACCGAAGGUUUCUUGGAUAUCCUCUCCGUUGAUUUCGCCCGCGCUCUGAAGGACCUCGCUGCUACAAUGAACGAUCUCAAGCGUUUAUCAUCUCUCGGUGAUCUUCCUAUCACUCUGGAACAGAAGUCUAUUUUACGAGUUCGAUUCCCUGGCUGCGAUGCUGGCAUUGUCGAGAGACUGUGCGAUGAAGUAGGCGUACAGCGGGGUAUCAUCUAUCAGGACGAGGAUUUUGAAAGCAGUGCAGGAACUUACAUGGCUUUGCUGUUCCCGUAUGCUCCAACAUCUGAACAUACCUUGUCUUCGCCGGGUGGUUCCUUGCGUUCUCAAUCUGGACAUGACUUUGAAGAAGUCGAGGAAGAGAUCCUGGAUAAUCCUUGGCUCGAUAGCUGUGAGAGCAUGGACGAGGUAAGCGAAGGAGAAUCGGCCUACUUCAGUAAGCCGAGUCCACAACAGAACUCGUCAGAUUAUGAGGGUUUGGAGGGCAUCUAUCGGUUCAUCGAGCAAUGUGACAACAGCGCACGGAGGAUAUAG